UCAAUUUUUCAAUCCAUUCGCUCCCACUCAACCAUAUUCAUUCGGACUGACCUUCCCAUCACUGCUAGCUCCACUUCCACUUUGAGUCGCCGAUAUAGUUAGUUCCUCCAUUGCCGAUCGAUCAGGCCAUCAAGGAGGAAGACGAAGGGGGGCCGUCGACGUCGCUGCAUCACGUCGGGUUCACGGCGACCAAGAAGACUGCAUGGACAUCCGGAUGAACGCUACCCAGCGCAGCAGGCUUCAGACCAAAGCUCCUACGGUCGUCAAAGCACACACUGUCGAUGUUGCUCACAGCGACCAAGAAGAAGACUACACGGCCGCGGACAUCACCCUGGAGAACGCUAUCGAGCGCCAAAAGCUUCGGAUCAGGGCUCGCCGCGCUUCCUGCGCCGCAGAUCACCAGGCUCCUCUACCGGUACAGAAUCCAGCAUCACUUCCUCCAGCUGCGCCUGCGCAUCGCGCAGGGACAAAGAGGCAAGCAACCUGGCCGCCUCCUGCUGUCUCCGGCGUUCGACAGCCGCCGCUGGCACCGCCGAGGCAGCAAUACCAGGAGCAGCAACCGCAGAUGCAGUACGUGGCAGCGCCGGCGCAGGCACAGCAACCGCGGGCGCCGCCAGCGCAGGUGCCCCCACUCCAGAAGCAGAGGCCACAGCCGCACGCUACGCCAGCGGCCGCCAGAACGCCGCCUCCGCAGGUGACUACCAGCUCCAAGCCGCCACUUCACCCAAGGUCCCCAGCCAACCCGGCGGCAGGCAACACGCCCUCCAUCGUUUGCCGCGUCUGCGGCGUGCCGUGCAUGACGGCGUUCAACCUCAGGCAGCACGAGGACGGGAGGAAGCACCGGAACAAUGUGGCCAACGCCGCCGGUGAGGUAAACGUGCGGUGCGAGAUGUGCGACGUGGUCCUCUCAGGCAAGCUCAACGUCCAGGAGCACUACGCCGGCAAGCACCACCUCCAUCGGGUCUUCGCCUCCGGUGCCAGUGGCACCGCCGGUGAGAUAAUCGUGCGGUGCGAGAUGUGCGACGUGCUCAUCUCAGGUGAGCUCAACGUCCAGGAGCACUACGCCGGCAAGAACCAUCUCCGUCGGGUCUUCCUCUCCGGUGCCAGUGGCACCUCCGGCAACCCAGCAACCUGACAUGGCCAUUCUGUUACCCAGUCGUUUUUUAACAUUAAACUGUUCUGUUCGAGCACCAGCUCCAGUAAGUGGGCAUAUAUUACUGCAUCCACAGUGUCAGUCUGACUGCUAAAUUCAUCAUUUGGAUACUGUAACGGAUUAUAUUUGUACCC